AUCCUAGUUAAUUAAGUAUAUAUUAAUUAUAUAUUUGUUAGUAAGUUUACUGUGGUUAUAGCCUUGAAUUUAUAGCCUUUUAACCUAUGUAUUUGUUAUCUAAACUGCCACUUUUGAGUGGGGAAAUCUAUCCAGCCAAUGACAGCAACAUUUGCCUACUUUUGCUUAUGGGCAAUUGCCACACUUUGACAAUAUCCAAGCUGCGCACGCAGGCGACAUGAUCAAACGCAACGCCAUCGUUUCAGGCACACUUACAUUGCGAGUGCAACAACAUCGUGUGAUGGCUACUAACCUGACGUGUCCAACAGCCUUCUUACGAAAAAUGGAAUACUUUGGAGGUCUUCUGUUCCUCACCACCAACCGGAUCGGACACAUCGACGACGCCUUCAUGUCUCGUGUCCAUGCCAUCAUCGGCUUCCACCCACUCGAUGGCGUGCGACGCGAAAAUAUCUGGGACAGUCUGCUGAUGAAGCUCAACUAUGGGCGAAAUGAGACAAUCCGUGUCGGCAAUCGCGCCAAGAAGUUCCUUUAUGACACGCAAGGUGGUUGGGGGUACGGAUUGGAACGGUCGCGAGAUCCGCAACGCCUUCCAAACAGCCGUUGCGCUCGCCGAAUACGAGGCCAAGAAUACCUCAGAUUACGACUCUUCACAGGAGAUAAUUUUAGAGGCCAAGCAUUUCAAGGACUUCAUAGACAUGAACAAGUCCUCCCGGCCAUAUCUAGACAGCAUCAGGAACGAGACGGAGGGAGAGCGGGCGCACCGGGGGAUUAGACACGGAUAAUAUUGUCUCGGCCGGAGAAAUGAUGGCGCCGCCACCCGACUGCCUGUUAUCGCUUAUCAGACUUUGAGUGGGUCUCGGUCUAUCCUUAAUCCGGGAGCCGCGCCACACCUAAUGACGUAAGCACAGACCCCCGGCUCGACUCGACGCGGCGUCGUCCCUCGCAACCAGUCUCUCG